CCAACUAUCGAAGAGAAGUGCGCCAUUUUGGCUCAAACAAAGUCAGAAACAUUUCAUCUCAGCUUAAAGUGUUUUUAAAUUAAAUAUUUGAAAUACGAUGCAAAAAAACUCUACAGGACAGCACUGUAGUUUUCCAGGCACUAAUAUUGAGUCCAUAAGUCAUUGUUCUUACGUUUACACCGCGUAAGUAGUUUUGAAAAAAUGAUUCAAAUCCACUGCUGAGCUUAUUUGCCAGCCAAGCUAACUUAACGUUUGCUAAAUUUAGCUUUACUAUUGGUUUGAACUGAGUGCAAAUGGGUGGCUGCUCCGCUCCGAACUGCUCCAACUCCACCAGCAUAGGAAAGCAGCUGUUCAGGUUCCCCAAAGACCCUGUCCGCAAGAAGAAAUGGGUGCUGAACUGUCGACGUGACUUUGAACCAACUCCUCACUCCAGACUCUGUCAGGACCAUUUUGAGCAGAGCCAGUUUGAGGAGAUAGCCAGGUCUCCAGCCGGGGGAAAGAAGCUGAAGCCCAACGCCAUCCCGACUCUGUUUAAUGUUGGAGAUCCUCCGUACGCUGCGAUCACUACUCCAUACAUCCUUCUGCCACUGAAACCUGAACCAGUAGAGAAGGAGCUGAAUUUCGGGGACCAUGGGUAUGCCAGACGCACCCCUCUGCCCGGCCUGGAGGAGGAGGACACGGACCGGACAGCUGAAGAACAGCAGCCCUGUACACAGUGUCAGGUCCUUAAGAAGCAGCUGGAGCAGGAGAUGCAGCACACUGCCAGACUACAAAAAGAGGCAGAGGAGAUGAAGAAGCGUCUGUAUCGGCUCGACCGGAUCGAGAAGGGCCUCCAGAACUUUCUGUUUGAGGACCAGAUUCGCGCCCUUUCCCUCACCAAGCGCUCCCGACGUGCCGUCUGGUCUCCAGAGACCAUCAUGAAGGCCCGGAAGAUCCGCUGCGCUGUCGGCACCAAGGGUUACGAGUAUCUGAGAGAGCUGGGAUACCCGUUACCCUCCUACAGGACCUUGUGUAACCGCCUGGAGACUAAGAUCAUGGUGACGACAGACAUGAGCUGCGAAGAGCUGGCAGAGCUGGGUCUGGGGCUCAUGGCCACCUGCGACAGUCCGACAGAAGUUGUCGGGGACAAUGAUGAGGAAGACCUGAUAGGUGUCUUGUCCUGAUCCUGGCAGUUUGCAUGACUCGCUGACUCUAACCGAGGGAAGAAUGUGCAAUGUGAAACGACUGCAGAUGGGAUGAAGAGGACGGGCAAAGUUUGGUUUAGAAUCUCAUCUACGAAGGACUUAAGCAUUGAUACAAAUGUACGCUUUGCCUGAGAGAGGUCAUCAGAUGACUGAUUAGAAAUGUCACAUGGUUGUGCUCGCAAUCUGCACCUUAGACACGGCUUCGCUGAGAUGCUGGGGCUAUAUGGUUUAUGCAUAUGGUUUCUCCUUCUUUGGAGAAGCUGAACGGUGUGCUUGUUCAACAUGUGAUGAAAUGUAGUCUGAAGAAAAAGUAGCCGACCACUGAGAGGGCGGGAUCGCUUAGGGAGUGCAGACAUAUAAUUUAUACACAGCCUGUUGAAUUUGCUGCUUCUGUUUAAGGUCAAAUGUCAAUAGCUUAAUAAAACAAGUGUUUCUCUGCAUUUACAUGCGCAGUAAAUCUCUGGUAGUAUUCAUAAUACAGAUGUGCUUAUAUCCCGUGUGUUGAGUAUUUUGAUAUUAUGAGAACUACUGUAGCAUGUAAACACAUUACGCAAUAAACUGUCCUGUGCUUUAUGUAAACUUUAUUUUUUUGGUCAAAUUCAGCCUAAAUAUUUGUCAUUUGAUGAUGUGUGUACAGCUGUAGCAAAAACUGGUAUGAAAUGUCAUUUAAAAGCUGUCUGCAGAAUUAAAUUUGAUGUCCUUAAUUGUCAUUUUGAUAAAAUGUUCAAAACACAAACCUUUGCAGUUUUUCAAUAACACAUUAUAGAAUUUAUUAUUAAGGAGCACUGUGUUCAGUCAACAAGGAGGUAGACCCUCCAUUGGUAAAUCACUAGUGUAAUUCUACACUAGAUUCAUUAUACAUUUCAGUUAGUUGGAUGUUUGCUCCGUCUUGAAGUGUUCAAAUUUGCAGUUCACUUGUAGUUACCACAAAAAAAGCUCAGGCAAACCACAGGAAGUCACAUGAUCUAUAUAUAUUAAAAACACUGGCACUGUGA